UGAGGAGAGGAAGAGUGUUUUCUUUUUCAUCUUUUGAUUCCUUCCUUCCUUCCUCGACUGAAGAUAAUUUAGGGAGGUUUGUCAAGAUCAAUUUGAUUACCGGUGGAAGGUAAUCCCUACUAGUACUUGCUACCAUCGCCACUCGCCAACUCCUUCUUCCCUCUGUCUGAGAGAGAGAGAGAGAGAGAGAUGGCAAUGGCUUGCUCUGGGCACAUGCUAGUAGUAGCCAAGCCAGAGCCCUGUACUCACUCUCUUACUCGUCAUUCUCCUUCGAAUUCCUGCAAGAUUUUCUCCUCCAGUUUGCAUUUUCUCGGUAAAGAUAUCGCCCCAACUCGUCGUUUCCAUGCGUCCCCUACCAAGAACGCCCCUUUCGCACGACGUUCCAAACUCGCGUUGGUUGCGAUGGCCAAGCCCGACCCAUUGAGGAUAAUGAUAUCUGGAGCGCCCGCUUCGGGUAAAGGGACUCAAUGUGAGCUCAUUACUAAGAAAUACGGUUUGGUGCACAUUGCUGCUGGGGAUCUGUUACGGGCUGAAGUUGCAGCUGGGAGUGAAAAUGGAAAGCGAGCAAAGGAGCAUAUGGAGAAAGGGCAAUUGGUCCCUGACGAAAUAACUGUAAUGAUGGUUAAGGAGCAGCUGUUGCAAUCAGAUUCUCUAGAAAAUGGUUGGCUUUUAGAUGGAUACCCCAGGAGCUUAUCCCAAGCCACAGCUCUGCAAGAAUUUGGGCUCCAGGCAGAUCUUUUCAUUCUUUUGGAAGUCCCUGAAGAGAUUCUUGUGGAAAGAGUUGUUGGCAGACGGUUAGAUCCUGUUACUGGUAGGAUAUAUCACUUGAAGUAUUCUCCUCCAGAGACCGAAGAGAUCGCUGCCAGAUUGACACAGAGAUUUGAUGAUACCGAAGAAAAGGUGAAGUUGCGGUUGCGCACUCAUCAUCAAAAUGUCGAAGCAGUGCUAUCAAUGUAUAAAGACAUAACAAUCAAGGUGAAUGGAGCCGCUCCAAAGGAGGAUGUAUUUGCCCAAAUUGAUAAUGCUCUCUCGAAACUUCUUGAGCAACGGAAAGUUACUUCGGGAACUCUUGCAGCAUAGCAGACGAAGAAUGACGAAACAAUUAUUGAAAAUGCAAUGGCGAAGCUUGAAUUUGUCAGGCACUUGCAAAGUCGAUGUUCAUUCCAGUGUAGUUAUUUG